AUGGCGCCGCAGAAGGCCGCCACGGUGGUUUGGUGCGCAUUAUUUUGUUUUAUUUUGUCUUUUUACCCUGUUUUUUGCGAUAGUUUCCGAAUACCCUUCACUAGGGAACAGCUCCUGAACAUCAGGGAAACAACUCCUACGGAUUUGUUUCCCACUUUUUUCGACCAUUCUGCCGAUUUAUUGGUUUUCCUCACCAGAGGUGCCCUCGCCCUUGCCCUCGCAGCGAAACGCCGGCGGAGGGGGAAACGUGCCGGUGCGCUUGUGCGUCUCCGUCAGCGCGGUCACCGCACACCGCUGCCGGGCAUAUUCCUCUCCAAUGUGCGCUCACUGUCCAACAAAAUUGAUGAACUCCAGCUGCUGAUGGGGAAACGCCGAGACUGCGCCACAUCUGCAGUUUUGUGUUUUACGGAGACGUGGUUAUGUGGAUCGAUACCGGACUCUGCGCUGCAGCUGGCAGGCUUCCAACUCUUCAGAGCGGAUCGUAACACGGAACUCUCCGGCAAGACUAAAGGUGGUGGAAUCUGCUUUUACACCAACAGUGGCUGGUGUAACGAUGUGACAGUGAUUCAGCAGCACUGCUCUCCUGAUCUGGAAACUUUUUUCAUCAACUGCAAACCCUUUUACUCGCCCCGUGAGUUCGCCUCAUUCAUUCUGGCCGGUGUUUACAUCCCACCGCAGACCAACGUGCAGGACGCACAGCGCACGCUCGCCGACCAGAUACUGCGUGUGGAGCAGACAUUCCCGGACUCUUUAGUUAUUGUCCUCGGCGACUUUAACAAAGGUAACCUCACCCACGAACUCCCAAAAUACAGACAACUUAUAAAAUGUCCGACCAGAGAGGACAAUAUUUUGGAUCACUGUUACACCACCAUCAGCAACGCUUAUCACGCCGUCCCCCGCGCUGCACUGGGCCACUCUGACCACGUCAUGGUCCAUCUGAUUCCUGCAUACAGACAGAAACUCAAACUCUGUAAACCAGCUGUGAGGACAUCAAAGCAGUGGAGCAGUGAGGCUGUGGAGGAUCUUAAGGCGUGUUUGGAGACUACUGACUGGGAUGUUUUCAGGACUGCCACCACCAGUCUGGAUGAGUACACAGAGACUGUGACUUCUUAUAUCAGUUUCUGUGAGGACUGCUGCAUACCAUCACGCACCAGGGUGAGCUACAACAACGACAAACCCUGGUUCAGUCCUAAACUCAGACAGCUGAGGCUGCAGAAGGAAGAGGCAUUCAGGAGCGGGGACAGGGACAGGUUUAAGGAGUCAAAGUACAGGUUUAGCAAGGCGGUGAGGGACGCUAAACGGCUGUACUCUGAGAAUCUCAAAAAACAGUUCUCAGCCAACGACUCUGCAUCUGUCUGGAAGGGGCUCAGGCAGAUCACCAACUACAAACCUAAAUCCCCCCACUCUGUCAACGACCUGCGUCUGGCAAACGAGCUGAACGACUUCUACUGCAGAUUUGAAAGACAAUGGGACAGUCCUAACAUCAACAUCAACACCAUCCCCCGCCACCACCAGCCCCUGCCCUCCUGCACCCCCAUCCCCACCUCAGCGGGGGCCUGCCCCCACCCUCAACUGCCCACAUUGAAGGACCCCCUUUCAGCUGAACCGCCAGCUGCUGAGUGGCCGGCAGCAGAAGGCUGUUUCUGCACGGAGCAGCUCCCACGGGGGAACCGGAAAGAUGAAGGCCUCCGGAAAACCUUUGAGCUGCUGGAAGAGUCGAGGCGUCCUCGGGAGGACGGGUAG